AUUGCGCGUGCGCCGGGUGACAACAGUCGUCUGCAAUCGCCGGCAAAAUGGCGAGAUUCCACGUGUACUUUUGUAUUUCUCUUCUAAUUCUAUUCUCAAUUCAAACACUAGCAGGGAGGGAUUUCUAUGCUAUCCUCGGCGUCCCCCGGGAUGCAUCUAAAAACCAAAUCAAAAGAGCGUACAGAAAACUCGCCAUGAAACUACACCCUGAUAAAAACAAGGACGACCCUAAAGCUCAAGAGAAAUUUCAUGAUAUUGGGGCAGCAUAUGAGGUACUAGCCGAUGAUGACCAGAGAAAAAUCUAUGACCAGAGAGGGGAAGAGGGGUUAAAGAAUGCCGGUCAUAGAGACCAUUCAGAUCCCUUCUCAAGCUUCUUUGGUGGCUUUGGAUUCCAUUUUGACGGCCAUAAUGGUCACUCACACAGCCAGCAAGUUCCAAGAGGGUCUGACUUGACAGUCGACUUAGAAGUCACUUUAGAAGAACUCUACAAUGGCAACUUUAUUGAAGUCAUGCGCCUGAAACCAGAGACCAAAACAAUUCCUGGCACAAGAAAGUGUAAUUGCCGUCAAGAAAUGCGCACAGUACAACUAGGCCCUGGGCGUUUCCAGAUGUCCCCAGAAGAAAUCUGUGACGAGUGCCCAGCUGUUACAUAUGUAAAUAAAGAGAAAAUAUUAGAAGUGGAAGUAGAACAAGGGAUGAAGCACGAGCAAGAGUACCCAUUUGUGUCUGAAGGUGAGCCUCAUAUUGAUGGUGAGCCUGGAGACCUGAAAUUUAAGAUCAUUGAAUUAAGGCAUAAGAGAUUCACCCGAAAAGGAAAGGAUUUGUAUGCGAAUGUAACUAUUACACUGAAUGACGCACUGUCAGGGUUUGAGAUGGACAUCCCCCAUCUUGAUAAGCAUAAGGUUCACGUUGUGAGAGAGAAGAUAACAUGGCCAGGGGCACGAAUAAAGAAGAAGGGAGAGGGCAUGCCUUCAUAUGAGAACAAUCAUGACAGGGGUGAUCUGUACAUCACGUUUGACGUAGAGUUUCCAAGGGGAAGCCUAGAUAACCAAGAGAAAGAAGAUAUCCAAAGAAUCCUAAAGCAACAGUCUAAACAUACAAUCUACAAUGGGCUAUAGCACAUAGUCAAUACAUAUGAGCCUCACAUGCACAUCUGCAUUCAACACCUCUUAACUUGAUGUACUUGGUGAAUUAGCCAUUUGACAUCAUGCCUGUAACCUUUAGGUUUGCCUAAAUGACAUAAAGGUUUGCCCAAAUGGCAUACAGGUUUGCCUAAAUGACAAACACGUUUUCUCAAAUGACAUACAGGUUUCCCUAAAUGACAAACACGUUUGCUUAAAUGACAUACAGGUUUGCCCAAAUAACAUACAAGUUUGCUCAAAUGACAUACAUGUUUGCCUAAAUGGCAUACAGGUUUGCUCGAAUGACACAGGUUUGCCUAAAUGACAUACAGGUUUGCUCAAAUGACAUACAAGUUUGCUCAAAUAACAUACAGGUCUGCCUAAAUGACCUACAGGUUUGCCCAAAUGACAUACAGGUUUGCUCUAAUAGAAGAAAAUUUGGGGCCACUGCGAGCAAGAAGAUCUUCCAGAAAAUAGUUUGCUAAUUGGAUAAAGAAACUUACCCACUGAACUCUAGGUUUUAAGCCCUAGUUCUGAAGGUCCACUUUUUAAAAAUGUAAAAAAAAAAAAUAAAUAAGAUCUUCAUUGAUUUAAAAAAUUUUGGGAAGGUUUUCAAAGCUGAUCAUUUCCCCCCAGCUAGGUUUAGCACUUGUUGUAAUGCCCCCCCCCCCCCCUCUAAUUUUUUAAAUAGUAAAAUCUUUGGUUUUGGCUUUGCAAAUGGCCCUGUACAAAAAUGUUAAAAAUGUACUUUUUGAAUUGAUACAUGUAUAACAAUAAUGGAAGUAUUAUAUAAAUCUUAAAUUAUUAGAGUCAAAUAUUAUCAAAAUGUACACUGCUUCAUUUGUUUUAAAGUUUAUGCACAGUUUUUAUGUUUUAUCAAAAUUUUGAUGUGUGCCUCACUGUUUAAAAUUACGAACAUCCCAUUUCCAUACAAGUUGAAUUCCACUGUAAAUAGAAUUCUGGCUUCCUUUCCUUUUCAAUAAACGGUUUUUUUUGUG